AUGGAAGCCACAAAAGACACCGCAUCGAACGCUGCAUCGACCGCAGCAGAGCAAGCCAAGCAAGUCGAGCAGAAGCUCGAGCAGAAACUCACCUACCUCUUCCACGAAAUUGCCCCCUGGCAACAAGACAACGCCUACAUAACCUCCGGCUACCGUCCGGCCUCAAACUCCUACGCCAAAUCCUGGAAAUCGCUGCUGUACAUCCACAACGAGACCGUCAACAUCUACACGCACCUUGUUGGCGCUCUAUUGUUCUUCAUUGCAUCCUACUUCAUGUAUAAUGAGCUGCAGCCGCGCUAUGAGACAGCGAGUAAACAAGACCUGUGGGUAUUUGGAUGCUUUUUUGCGGGCGCGGUAGCGUGCUUGGGGAUGAGCGGCACGUAUCAUACGAUUCAAAAUCAUUCGCACGAAGUGGCAAUUUGGGGGAACAAGUUGGAUUAUCUAGGGAUUGUGUUUCUGAUCUGGGGCUCUUUUAUUCCGGUGCUGUAUUAUGCAUUUGAUAAGGAGCCGGGGCUGAUGAAGACGUAUUGGACUAUGAUCACUACGCUUGCAGCUGGAACGUCCGUCGCUUGUGUGCAUCCGCAGUUCCGCACUCCGGCUCUGCGUCCUGUUCGUGCGCUGAUGUUUGUGCUCAUGGGCCUCUCAGCGGUCUUUCCAGUCCUGCACGGCAUCAAACUCUACGGAGUAGAGCACCUCCGUAAGAGUGUUGGACUCGAUUGGGUUGUUCUGCAAGGCGUCUUGUACAUUGCGGGCGCCGGCUUGUAUGCAGCACGAAUCCCGGAGAAGUGGGCUCCUGGACGCUUCGACAUCUGGGGAAGCAGUCAUCAGAUCUUUCAUGUACUGGUGGUGAUGGCUGCUGCAAGUCAUUUAGUGGGUCUGGUGAAGGCUUUUGACUAUGCGCAUAGCCAGAAGGCGAUUAUCAACGACGCGGUGAACAUUAUCGGCAAGCUCUGA